AUGGACAACCUCACCGUCUUCACAGAAUUCCUCCUCAUGGAUGUCACAGGCUCCCGCGAGCUCCAGGUUCUGCAAGGGGUGCUGUUCUUGCUGAUUUAUCUGGGAGCAUUACUAGGCAACCUUAUGACAGUCACUGUCAUCGUGACAGACACAUGUUUGCACUCUCCCAUGUACUUUUUCAUAAGCAAUUUAUCACUCUUAGACCUCGGCACCAUCUCUGUUAUAGUUCCCAGAGCCAUCAUUGAUUCCAUGACAGGCCAUAAGAUGAUCUCCCUGACAGAAUGUGCUGCCCAGAUUUUCCUCUAUAUCCUUUUUGCAGCUGUGGAAUUUGCAUUCCUGGUGGUCAUGUCCUAUGACCGCUACGUGGCCAUCUGCCACCCUCUGCACUACGGGCUCACCAUCACCCCUACUCUGUGCGCCCAGGCCGCAGCUGGCUCCUGGGCCUCUGGCCUGGUCUACUCUGCUAUGCACACAGGGGCUCUGUUCUGGCUGCCCUUCACCAAGACCAAUGUGAUCCAGCAAUAUUUCUGUGACAUUCCUCAAGUUCUGCGGAUUUCAUGUUCGGAUGUCCAGCUUUCUGAAUUUAUAAUCAUUGCGAUGAAUUCUGUGGAAGCAAGAAACAAAACUAUAUCCACCUGCACCCCGCAGCUGGCCAUUCUUCUUUUGUUUGUCAUUUCUGGGGCUAUAGCUGUUUUAGGUCCCAGCGCAAAGGAGCCUUCCUUUAAGAAUCUGCUCACUGCCAUGUUCUACAUCAUAGUGCCCCCUUUCAUGAACCCCAUCAUCUACUGUCUACGCAACAGGGAGAUCAACUCUGCUCUGGGAAGAAUGUUUAACUGA